UAACUUUCUAUUCUUAAUCAAUUUUUUAAAAAUAUUUUAACAUAUUUUCUAACUAUUUAUUUCACACAGAAUAAAGAUCAAAUAUAACGUGCACGACCACAUUGUACUGUAUGAGAAAGAUUAACUAUUAUCAACGUAUCGUUGUGUCAUUGACAAAACCUCAAAUUGAAAAUGAAGUUAACUCUUACUAUAAGUAAAUGAAACAUAGAAAAGUGUCAUUUUCAGUAUGUGUCUGUAAGAAAUUAAAUAAACUAGUACAAAAUAUUUGCUAGAAAGAUAAGUGCAAGAAAGGGGUUUCUGUAAUUUUUUUUACAAUAUCUAUAUUAUUAAUUCAAUAAUUCUGUUAUAUUUAAGACUUACAUGUUGUGUAUAUGCAUACACUCUCAUCGAGUCCCAGCACUUAAUUCUAGACAUUUAGUAUUAAGUGCAUACAUUUAAGAGUAAAAACUGUCUAAAUGAAGUAAAGAAUACUAUUUUAUGUAGUUUGAGCCAACAGAUGUUUUAUAUGUUUAUAAAGGCCAUCGAUGUUCUGAGUCAUAUUCAGUAACUUUCCGAUUAUAACUCUAUAUAUUUAAGUCAUUGUGUUUUUGAGUUACUGAAUCUUUCCUCUCAUCCUUGGUGAGUUUUUUGGAGAUUAAUCCCUGGCAUGCGGUUAACAAUAUACGAAAACCGAAUUUGUAUUUCAAACCGAUUGAAACAAAAAUUUGACACAAAAUUGCACAUGUAGUCUCAAAAUCAGAUACUAAAUUUGAAACAUUUAAGUCACUGCGUUUUUGAAUGAUCGCGCUUACAUGUUUUUGAAACUACACGCCUACAGACAUUCAUCCCCUUGUUGGAUUUGGGUCGAAAUUUGACAGGUGCCUACAAUGUAUAUGGUAUAUCUGUAUAGCGAAUUUUAUGUAUUAAAUCUCUUCGUUUUACAGACAUACAAACUUAAUAAAAACGGAUUUUGCUCAGAAUUUGAUAGAAAUCUAUAAAAUUAGUGUGAAGACCAAAUUUCAUCCGUCUAUCUCAAAGCUUUUUUGAAUUAUGCGUAUAGACAGACAGGUAGACAUUUUCCGAAAAUGUGGUUUUCGAACUCAAGGAAGUCUACAACGUGGAGAUUCGUCAAAAAUCUCCAGCACGUUUUUCUUUUCGCUUCCCCCCCCCCUCUCUUUUGACGAUUCCGAUACUUUCACUAUACCUCGUAAACUGGAAGUGACACUCUCGGGGUUCAGUUUGUUGGCAUUUACAAUAUUCAUAUAUAUGAAGAAGUUUAUCAUGUUCUGUGUCUUUUCAGGCACCAGAUGCAUGAGAUCUAAGGAGAAGCGGAAGAUGAAGAUCAACACGGAGCUCAUCCAAAGGUGCUCAUCUAAGAAUCUCCUGCCGGUGCAGGGAGGCGGAGACAUCAUGGACCGAAUCACGCACCUCUACCUGCAAGAGCAAUAUAUUAAAAAGAUUGAAAAUCUUCAUUCCUGCCGAAAUCUCAGAGCUUUGUACCUUUACGACAACAAGAUCGAAAAGAUCGAGAACUUAGAAGAUUUAGUUCACCUCAACUGUCUCUAUCUGCACAAGAAUUUUGUCAGACGAAUAGAGAAUUUGGAUUCGCUCUGUCAGCUCACCGUUCUGAAUCUCAGUCACAAUUGCAUAACGAAAGUGGAAGGUUUGGAUGCGUUGUGCGAGCUUCGAGAACUUUACCUACAAUACCAAAAUCUGCCCGAAGAUCAAAGUCUAGAAUUCGACACAACCACAAUCACGUGGUUGUCGGAAUGCCUUAAGGUGCUGAACGUGUCAGGAAACAAACUGACGAGCCUCGCCCCUCUCCGCUCCCUGGAGUACUUGGAACACUUCACGGCUGAAGACAACGACAUCUGCGACUUGCAGGAUGUAGUGGACGUCUUCAACAAUUGGAAAACCGUGCGAGUCAUCAAACUGACCGGAAAUCCUGUCUGCACUCUCCGGAAGUACAGAGAUAAUGUGGUCGUCAGUUGCCUGGAGCUUGAGGAGCUGGAUGGUAAAGUCAUUUCCCAACCAUACAGGAACUUCCUGCUGAACUGGAAGCAGUGCCAGACCCUGCAGGACAGGAAAAAGGAGAGCUACGCUGUCCUCAAGCCCUUCUUAGAAACUCAAAUAAAAAACAAACAGCUGACGCCUCCAAGGUCAGUGCGGUCGGCAUCAGUGGCCCCCAAAGCCGACAGGUCGGGCAGCAGCGCGUCCAGCUCCCAGUCGGAGGCGUCCCAUGGGUCCAAGAACAGAUCCAAGUCCGCCCAGAGAGUUGCUUCCAAAGCUAGAUCCUUGCAGGAAGUUCCGGUCAAACUCAUGAAAAAAAUCACCAAGAACAGAUGACGAAAGAAUGCCACAUAUGUCGAGCAAAGUACAAUUAUUUUGUGCUAAAUGUUUUUUUAAAUUAUUUUGUGUACGUACUUGAACAUAAAACAAAAAAUAUUUGAAAA